AUUCAAACUCAAACGGACACUAAUCCAAUAAUCCAAUCCAAAUCGAAUCCAGCACAUUCCCACAACACAAACAAGAAAAUUUCCCCAAAUAAUGAAGCACGCUGCUUUUUGAACAAAAGUUGAUCAAUUCAUGGCAACUUCUCAUUUUUCAACGCAACCUUAUCCCCUGAGGGUUCCGAAUCUCAUUGGGGGCAAGUUUGUUGAGUCAAAAUCAUUGACUUUUAUAGAUGUUAUAAACCCUGCAACACAAGAAGUUGUUUCACAAGUUCCUUUGACUACAAAUGAAGAGUUUAAAGCUGCAGUGGCUGCAGCAAAGAAGGCAUAUCCAUCAUGGCGUAACACUCCAAUCACGAAACGCCAACGUGUUAUGUUGAAGUUCCAGGAGCUUAUACGCAGAGAUAUGGAUAAACUUGCCCUGAAUGUGACAACUGAACAAGGAAAGACGUUGAAGGAUGCGCAAGGAGAUGUAUUCCGUGGUUUAGAGGUGGUGGAACAUGCUUGUGGGAUGGCAACGCUACAGAUGGGAGAGUAUGUUUCCAAUGUAUCACAUGGAAUUGAUACUUUUAGCAUUAGAGAACCACUCGGUGUUUGUGCCGGUAUCUGUCCUUUUAACUUUCCUGCAAUGAUUCCCCUCUGGAUGUUCCCAGUGGCAGUUACCUGUGGCAAUACUUUCAUCCUAAAACCAUCAGAGAAAGAUCCAGGUGCUUCUAUGCUUCUUGCGGAAUUGGCAAUGGAGGCUGGUUUGCCCGAGGGCGUCUUAAAUAUAGUUCACGGAGCCCAUGAUACUGUGAAUGCUAUUUGUGAUCAUGAUGACAUCAAAGCUAUAUCUUUUGUUGGUUCAAAUGUUGCGGGAAUGCACAUAUAUGCAAGAGCAACAGCUAAAGGGAAGCGUGUUCAGUCUAAUAUGGGGGCCAAAAAUCACGCGGUUGUCAUGCCGGAUGCAAGUGUUGAUGCAACUAUAAAUGCUUUAAUUGCUGCGGGUUUUGGUGCUGCUGGACAAAGGUGCAUGGCUCUAAGCACAGUUGUUUUUGUUGGAGGCUCAAAACCAUGGGAAAGUAUAACUGUGGAGCGUGCCAAAGCUCUUAAAGUAAACGCCGGAACUGAACCUGAUGCAGACCUUGGACCAGUCAUUAGCAUACAGGCAAAGGAGCGAAUUCACAGAUUAAUUCAAUCUGGAUUUGAAAGUGGGGCAAGACUAUUGCUUGAUGGAAGAAGUAUAGUGGUCCCCGGAUAUGAAUCUGGCAAUUUUAUUGGCCCAACCAUCUUAGCAGAUGUUAGUUCCAACAUGGAGUGCUACAAGGAGGAGAUUUUUGGCCCAGUUCUUCUUCUCAUGGAGGCUGAUAGCUUGAAAGAGGCCAUAAACAUUGUCAACGGAAACAAGUAUUUUGUUAAUAACUAUCCCGCGUCAUUUGCUUUUGUUAAACUUCUACUUAUCUCUUACUCUGACUUUUGCAACAGGUAUGGAAAUGGUGCUACUAUAUUCACUAGAUCUGGUGUCGCUGCAAGGAAAUUUCAGACCGAAAUCGAGGCAGGGCAGGUGGGCAUCAAUGUUCCUAUUCCCGUUCCUUUGCCGUUUUUCUCCUUUACUGGCAACAAGGCAUCAUUUGCGGGCGAUCUUAAUUUCUAUGGCAAGGCAGGGGUCAACUUUUAUACACAAAUCAAAACAGUAACUCAGAAUUGGAAGGACUCAGAUAGUGAAGACAAGAUUAACAUGGCAAUGCCAACCUCUCAAAAAUCUUAAGAGUGUCAAUGUAUGUUGCUUCUGAAAAUCUUUGCACUCUAUUAAGUGUUGUCCUAAAAUAAUUUAUGACAUGCUCAUAAACUAUUUUAAAUUAUUUCAAUAAACUUCUUUGAAUGACAUGUGAACAAACAUUUAAGCUCAUUUGUUUAAGUUUUAAAGUGUAAUUUCUAUACAUAGAAAAUGCAAUGAUUAUUUUUUAGGUAUUUCUAUGUAAUACAUUACUUAAUUUUAUUUGUUUACUAUCAUUAACAUUAUUAUUUUUAA